GAGGGGAUUCUGCUCCACAUCUCGUUGUGGCAGGAUUGCAGUGCACCGGACUGUUACGAGUGAGGGGAGCAUCCAGGCUGCUGUGAGCGAGGGGUGGGGUCCGGCUACACUGGCACCACCACACACACAAGCUGAUAUAGAGAGGCACAAAACGGCAGAGACGAGGGGGGGAGAUCUCAACUGAAGAGGAAUAUUAUACGGGAUGAAAGGAGACACCCCCGUGAACAGCACCAUGAGUGUCGGCCAAGCCAGGAAGCUGGUGGAGCAACUGAAGAUCGAGGCGAGUUUCUGCAGGAUAAAGGUUUCCAAGGCGGCGGCCGACCUGAUGGCCUACUGCGACGCCCACGCCUGUGACGACCCCCUGAUCACGCCUGUGCCCACCUCAGAGAACCCCUUCAGGGAGAAGAAGUUCUUUUGCGCUCUGCUUUAAGACCAAUCAGGGAUUGUUAUGAUUAUCUGAAGUACAAAUGUAUAGUGUGCACAUGUACUUGGCAAUCAAAAUAAGACAUGGAUGAACUAUACGGUACUCGCCUACGCUGCCCACGCUCAGCUAACAAUCUACGAUCAAAUAGAUUGUCUAUCAGUGUUCGAGAACCCUGAUGAUUUACGUGAGUCGUCAUCAGGACUGAAGGAAAAUAAAAGUUUCAAAACGAUUUCAUCUGCGAGGAGAGAUCAAAUUUGUAAAUAGCGAAAUUUGGACUAAGGUGGACAGCUAGGAUACGUUCCCGUGGCACGGAGGCUAAAGUUAAACGUUUAAUCUUAGUACUUUUAUGAGUUCAUGAGGCGGUCACGUCAAACAAGGUUUAGCUCUUAGCAUUAGUGUGUGUGUGCGUGCGUGCGUGCGUGCGUGUGUGUGUACAUACUGUCGGUGCUUUCCUGUCCCACGUGCUAAAAUGUAUAGGGAAACAAAAGUGUAGAUUGAAAUAGCAGAACAUUCAUAAUACAUCGGUGGGAAUGGAUGCUGGCUCAGCACUUCUUUUCAUGGUCCACACCUUUUUCAGACAACGGCCACGUUCAGAAAAACGUAAGGAUGUGGGGGGCCUCUUUGAUAUUUUCUUUAUUUUAUUAGGGAUGCUCUGAUCGAUCAGCCGUCGAUUCGUAUCGGCCGAUUUCCCUUAAAAAAACACGAUGGGCAUGUGGCGAUAAAUGCCUUUCAAAGCCGAUCACAAAAACCGAUCGGCAUGCGGCGGCGGUAAGCUACAUGUCUGCUUGGUCACGUGGGGUGCAAGAGAUGCACUUUGUCCCGUUUUGCCGCGAGAAUCAACACUACUCUGUGAGAGUUAUCCGCCUAGCUUCCGCUCUUCGGGCUCCAAAUGGGACUUUUUACUACAGUGACGUUUUGUUUUUAAAACAAACAAGCAAUGCGGUUAGUUGGGAGCUUGUUUUUGUCCCACGGAGGAAGUGCAUAUCACCUUCAUGGGGUACGUGCUAACUUUUUCAAAUGUUGCUGAAAAAUUUUGCACUCUUGUUGUGAUGAUACUAAUUAUGUCUUGUCCUCAAAACACUAGUUGUGUGUGGUUGUGUAAUGAACGUAAACACACAGUGUGUCCAGCCUCAUGAUGGUGAUGCUAUCACACGGGGAUCAUGGAUGAUCCGUAUCGGAAUCGGCAGCAUAAAACUCUGAUCGGAGCAUCCCGAAUUAUUAUUAUUCCUCUCCGCCUAUAAUUUGGGGUACUGAAUUUGCAAUUUACGAGGAAAAAGUUGCAAAUUUACGAGAGAAAAAAGUCGUAAAUUUACAAGAAUGAAGUCGUAAAUUUACGAGAAGAAAGUCGCAAAUACACAAGAAUAAAGUCGUAAAUUUACGAGAAAAAUAAGUCGUACGUUUACAAGAAUCAAGUUGUAAAUUUACCACAAAAAAGUCGUACAUUCACGAGAAAAAAAGCCAGAAUUUCACGUUUGCCCAAGACAGAAGAUCACAUAAGUCCCCGCUUUUCAUAGCUGUCUCAGGCAGUGCCCGUUACGACAGAUUAUUAAAGUAAUCGGAGAUUUCCAGAAUAAAGCCGUAAAUUUACGGAAAUAAAGCCAUAAAUUUACAACAAAAAAAAAGUUGUACAUUUACGAGAAAAAAAAGUCGUACAUUUGUGAGAAUAAAGUCAUAAAUUUACGAGAAAAUCUCGUAAAUUUUACGAGAAAAAAAGUGGGAAUAUUACCAACGGUCACAUAAAGCCAGGCUUUUCAUAGCUGCCUCAGGCACCGCCUGUUACGAUGGAGCAGUCAAAUAAUCUGAUUCUUUUUUUUCAACGUGGCCCCUAAUACUCUUACGAACCGGACGCAGACCAGGGCUGUUUUUUUCUUUGUUUUUCAAUUAAUUUACAUCAAAUGUCAUGAAUUCAUGGUUCAAUUUUUUUUUAUUAUUUUAUUAUUAAAUAUGCUAAGUGGUUAAAUGUAAUAUUCCAAUAAUUAUCGUUAAGUGUGAAAACCUCUUCAAAUAUUCCAAUUUCAAGUUUUUCUCUUUUCAAUGUGGCCCUAAUCCUCCUUCAUAAUGUUUCAUGUUUAAUUUUAUGUGUAGAAUAUCUCCCCUGGGCCAAUAAAAAACCGUGGUGCCGGCCCUAAACAGCCCCCAGGCCGCACUUUGGACACCCCCUGGUCUCUUCCCAUAUUUGUAUAUGUAUUCAUUUAACAAUGUGUUUAUUAUUGUAGUUUGCAGUGAUGUAGUGUGUGUCAAACUGGAAGCUGUGUGUAUUCUUUUUUUUUAUUUAAGCAAAUACGAUAUAUUUAUGUUAUUCAGGACCUCUCGGCAUACAUUGCAGUUCUACAUCACGACAACUGCAAUAAUAAUUAACCGAGAGCCCCACAACAUUCACAAAUAAAGCUACCAAAAAAAAUAAUAAUAAUCUGGAAGGUUCAUGUCCUUGUAAGGCACUAAACUUGAUUUGAUUGGUUCGUGACGUGAUCAGGUGAUCCAGCGCUUUCAGUCAACUGUCUGCAGUGGGCCUCAGUCAAUCGUGCAAAUGUUUCACAAGAGGAACAAAACCUUCAACUUUACUGACAUGAAAUUGCAACGAGAACAUUCGCCUUUGCCUCCAUUUUAACGUCAUUUCAGUUCAUGUCCACGGCCGUGAAAAGAUGACAACACAUAAAAAGAGCAAAUGCUUUAUAGGUGGGCCUCGCAGAAUUCCUUCAGACAGCGAAAGCAGUCCUUCUGUUCUUCAGAAUUUGCCCCACAAGUGUCCUUCAGCCAGUCCCCGAAUAGCUUCUCAUCAUCCACCAUCAGAAACUUUCCGAGGACGGCGUACGCCUGAUGGACAACAAAAAGAAGCAAAGCUUAGGGCCUUCACCACUAAACGACUCGGGUUUUGUUGUUUUUUUUUGCAUACUUACACAUUUAAUCAAAUAUUACUUUUUUGCCUAAAUUCAAGCAUAAAAAUGACUAAAUGAACGACAAUGCAAAUAUAAGGCAUUAAGAAGAUGCAUUCAAAGACAUAUGUAGUAUUCUACACUGGUCACUAGGUGUCAGUAAUGUUACAUUGAUGAGACAGUAGCCACCGCAGGAAGUAAAGCAACAAAGAAAUCUCCAAUUACUGGUGUGUGAGUCUAUUGAAUGUUGUAUUUUCUCCUAUGAUGUCUACUAUAUUGGGUAAUAAGAGUGUAAAACUGACUAUACGGGUGUUAGUUCAUGUCUAGAAGGCUCUAAACAUAUUUAGAAGGCCGUAAAAAGAUUGUCUAUGCUCUAACUAUGAAAAUAUCCCAUUUAGAAAUAAGGAAUCCUACUUUGCAGAAAUUAAUUGAUCACAGUCGGGCCAGGAACCGAUUUGCCGUGAUAAAUGUAUUAGCAUGCUAAUAGACUGCUAAAAAAAAAAAAGAAAAUACACAUUUGGAACACACUUUGUAUUAAUAACACGACAAGGCGCGCUAUAUUGUACACUAACUGGAAACUGUGCGCAAACAGAGGCAAAAUUGUGCUGUAAAUGUUCAACGUGAGCCGAAAACCACGCUAACUGCUGCGUACCCUAACCAAGGUUCCACUGUACAUCGUAUGUGGUGUCCACACUGAGACUUUUCGAGGCUGCUUGGGAUUUAUGCACUCAAGGAAGGUUUCCCAAAAAAAGCCACCGUGUGAACGCAAAGCUAAAACUGUAAAAUAAAUAAAUAAAUAAAAGUGGAUUUGCCAAACAAAACAAACGGGGACAUGGCCAACAACAAGCAUCUCCACAUUCACACAUAACAAUGUAUUUACGUGAACUUAUCAAUACCUUUCUCCUCAAGUCUUUUGCCGAGGAGCUCUCUGAUGCCCGGGAGAGCCGUCACAGGCUUUUCCCCGAUCCUUGGGUCAGCCAGAAACUCUUCAUGCUUUUGGUAUGUUGAAGACAUGAUUGCUGUGUGGACGCGGCUACAGCUCACAACAACACAAGG